AACGGGCUGAAAAAAUGGCCGUGUUUACAAGUCUUGGCAUUGAGUGGCAUAGACUUUAUGGUAAGGUGCCAAAUAACCUGGUUAUUUCGUCUGUGGUAGAAUGACUAAGGCCACAGAAAGAUGCAGGGGAUAUACUAAGCUGUCUACGGAGUCCGGAGCACUGUCAAACGUACGAAAGGCAAACUCUGCUCUAACUCAUUUUCCGUGAUUGCGCAGUGAGCUGUGUCAAAAUGAUCCUGCGAGUUGACUGAGCGCUGGUGGUUUUGUGUGCUGAGGUGCGUGUAAAGUUUGGACUACAGGCAUCGAUGGCUGUGAAUUGGACGACCACAGCGCUGGAUGCCGCGCUUGCUGACGCGAGUGUUCUGCGAAAUGACGCCACUCUUCGGUCGUGCGAAGCCCGGAAACGCGGAAUCGGCCGAGAGGCUUUUCCUUCUGCCAGUGUGCCAGUGGCGUGUGCACCGGAAAGGUACAGCGACGAGCCGCCUCUAAAGAGGCAGACGCCUGCUACCAAAACUCGAGAGGAGCGAGUUAGACAAUGUCAACCGCCGCCAGUCAGGCGAAAGCCUGCUAGCAAAGCUCAAGAGAGGCGACUGAGACUUUUGGCCGCGAAGUUACCACCGAAUGACGGCGUCCUGCUGAAUUCAGGUGUUCCACCAAACUCUGGAAUGCUGCCGAACUUCGGGCUCCUCAACGUCCUGAACACAGAACAAGGCGUGGUGCCCCUGAAUAGCCCUGGACCUGUGACAUUAUUGCUGCUUUGCAAUCCGGCGCGACCUGACACAUCACGCACGUCGCUUCCGAAACCUGCCAGCGUCACUGGCAGUGAGCCUGGACUUACGAUUGUCACUAGCGACGAGACUGGCGUGGUCUACACGACGGUAACGAGGGCUGAUAAAAACGAAACCGAUUCUCAUGCACCACUUAACGCCAUGUCGGCCCAUGUCAAAGGAGGCGCCGGUGAGACUGAAAUUAUUGGCAUCCCUACCUUGGAUAUAGGUGUAAAGCAGUGCGUGCCAUCGGAUCACGAGGGACAAGCUUCUGCGGCCUGCGAUAGUGUGGUGUUACCUCCCGCAACUAAUCUCGCAUCCGAUCCUGCUCACAAAACCGGCGCGGCAUGCAUGUCAGUGACAGAAAAUGGUGCGUCUGAAUUGUGCAACGCUAGUGUGACCCCUGUGAAAGAAAUGUGCAGCUCCAGUGAACCGCUGAUGGUUGGCAUUCCUACUCCCAAUUUUCAUUUAGAGCAUUGCGAAUCAGAAGAGGGACAUGUGCCCGGAGCAUGUGCUCCAAGAAGAACCAUGUUGGCUGCUGAUGAAGAUGCUGCUGGGGCGCUGACCAUGAUUACUAACCUCAGAGAGCAAACUGGCAUGGUGCGUAGUAUGCUAAUGAAGGCUGAAAAAGCAUUCGAGUUAAGCACCUCAAGUUUCGUAUCAUCGAGUUCUGCAAAAAGCUGUGCUGGUGAGCCUGCAAUAAUUGGCAUCCCUUCUAUGAACAUUGACCCAGAACAUAGCAUGUCUGAAAGUGGUGAGAGACAUGCAUUUAGGUUGUGCAGUCUGAGCACAAUCAAAUUGGAACCUCCGGAAUACAUUGAGUGUGAACCUUCAUUUAGGGGUGAUCCUUCUGAAGAUAACAUGGUGCACAACCCACUUAUAAAAGUUAAAAGCACGUCGCAUGCAUCAUGCACCUCGACAAAUGUCACAUCGCCUCCUGUGGUAGACAGCGGAAGCAAGCUUGCAGCUUUUGGAGUCACUCCUGAUGCCAGUGAUGUAGAGCACAAGACGUCUACAGUGGUUAUGGGACAGCCCUCUUCACCACCUGCUGAAAGCAGCAUUACUUCAGUUCCUGCAAGAGAUGUUGCCACGAAGCCCACUGUCAAUUAUAUCCGUUUGGACCAGAGCAGCUUGUUCGGUGGCCUGCUAAUGUUUGUGAAAGAUGAAGUGUUUGAGUCGCGCACUUCAGGCAGUGACACAGAUAUCUGUGCAAAUGACCCUGCAUCUGAGUCUGCAGUCAUUGAUGUUCCCCUAGAGUCUUCUGUCAUAGAGCAUAGUGUGUCAACAGCUGUUGAGUGUCGGGCAUCCACAUCACAUAGUUCAGGCUGUGCCAUAUCGUCUCCUGUGAAAUCUAUUUCCAGUGACCUCUCUGUCCUUGCCGUCUGUAAUGGGAAGACCAGCAACACACCUUGUGCACUGACAAUACCCAAAUGCCCAACAUCCUUUCCGCGCACUUCAAGCAACACUACUUCAGAACUUGAGACGCAUAUGGACAACUCGGACAGUGACUCACUGCCAAGGUCGAUGCCACGCUCUUCUACACCAUCCAGCUCAGCUACGACCUCUCGAGCUAAAAGGCGGAGCUCAAGGAAUCCCUUGAAUCCCCGUUUUAAAAAGGAACUUUUCUGCAGUGAAAGAACUAAAGAAAUUGUGCAGGUUUUGAAACACAAGAUAACAGUCCCCCAAAGUAAGGUUAUGUUUUACCGUGAGAAAAUCAGUUCCUUGAAGCUGCAGUUCCACAAUGCACAACGAAUGAUGAAGCAGCCACAGGCAUUUGAAGAUUUUAGGAAGUUUGCCGUGAGUGUUUCGCACAGUAGACUUGCAGAUGAGAAAACGGGUGCUUCUUGAAAUAACAGUCUGUACCCACUCACUGAUUUUUU